AUGGAUAAAAAACCAGAAAAGAACAGUAGCCAAGAAAUAUACGACAAAUUACAUACAAAUGAUAAACGAAAAUAUCCUGGAGAAAACAUUGAUUUUAAUGACCCAUAUUAUCGUAUAUCUGGGAGCAUCACUGACGG